AUGACUUCAAAAGAAGAACGCAAAGUAUUAGCUAUACAGAAGAAAAAGAAACGAAAGAAUAAAAAAAAGAAUGGAACAAAAAAACCCCCUCAAGUGGUUGCGAAUGGCGCUGAACAAAUUAAUUCCUCAAAAUCUGGAAAUGAAAAUAAAACGAUAGCAUCUGCAAAAGCAAGUGUUAACAGCAAUGAUGACGAAACGAAAUUGAAAAAAUCGAAAACCUUCGAUGGCAGUGUCUCAAGAGAAACUCAUAAAUUUCUUGUUGAGCCUAAGGUUACAGCAAGUGCCCUAAUGAACUCAUCAAAAACUUUGGGGAAUGGUGUUCUUCAGCAGCAGAAUCGUCCUGUUACUCCACUGAACUUUCAUGGCGCAAAUCACAGAUUUCCUUGUACCCUGUCGCCGGGUACGAAAACGAUGCUUCCAGAUAAUUCUUGUAAUGGCCCAUCAGCUGGUUCACCAAGUGCAGGGAGUGAAAGCGCUUAUGGUGAUGAUGAAAUGGAACGAGAGCAGGAGGAAGUGCUUGGAAGUGAUGAUGAAGAACAGGAGGAUCCUAAGGAUUAUCGGAAAGGAGGCUACCAUCCUGUUGCAAUUGGUGAUGUAUUCAACGGACGUUAUCAUGUGAUUCGAAAGAUGGGAUGGGGCCAUUUCUCGACAGUUUGGCUCUGUUGGGAUACAGCACAGAUGCGUUUUGUUGCGAUGAAAAUUGUGAAGUCGGCUGAGCAUUACACAGAAGCAGCGUUGGAUGAAAUCAAAUUGCUAAUGGCAGUACGUGAUGCAGACGAGAGCGAUCUAUUCCGUGAACGGGUCGUGCAACUUCUAGAUGAAUUUUCAGUAACUGGCGUUAAUGGAACGCAUGUCUGCAUGGUUUUCGAGGUCCUUGGAUGUAACUUACUAAAGCUGAUCAUCAGAAGUAAUUAUCAGGGCCUCCCGUUAGAGCAAGUGCGUGUUAUCAUUAAGCAAGUAUUGGAAGGAUUACAAUAUCUUCACGAGAAGUGCCAGAUUAUACAUACUGAUAUAAAACCAGAAAAUGUCCUUGUUACAAUGACACAUGAACAAGUGAGACGGAUCGCAGCAGAAGCGAUUUUAUCGGGCAAAAUGGGCUUAAAAUUGUCGGGAAGUGCUGUAAGUACAGCUCCGCAACAUAUGGUUAAAAAAGUUGAAGAGGCAAUGUCAAAAAACAAGAAGAAAAAGUUAAAGAAGAAACGAAAGAAACAACGCGAAUUACUAGAGCAACAGUUAGUGCAGAUGGAAGGAUUAACUGUCGAUCCAAACGUUGUGCUUUCUUCACUAAAUCCCGAGGAACGAAACAAACAUAAAUCAGAAAUAGUGGCAACGAAAGCUGAAGACGUACAAAUAAAUGAUUCCGUUGGAGAGGAUACUUCUAUUUGUCCGACUACACAGCAGAAUCAACGUACUUCAGUUGAGAUAUCACUCGAAAAUGUUGCACUCAAAGCUGUUGAAGUAAAAGAUGCAACAGAAUAUCCGCUGUUAACCCCUGCCAGUGACAAUGAUUUGGCUGUGGAAAGACCAGCACGAUUUUUACCUCCUAUAGAGUCAGAUGCUCGUUCAGAGAAUGAAGUGAAAGAGUCAGCUCUGCAACUUCUAUUAGAAAAAGACGGUUUGUCGCCGAAACGUUUGGAGCCAGAUUACUUAAAUCCGGCUAUUGAAAUCAGUGUUAAGCUUGCUGAUUUGGGAAAUGCUUGCUGGACGCAUCAUCAUUUUACGGAAGAUAUCCAAACUCGACAAUAUCGAAGUUUAGAAGUACUCAUAGGUGCUGGUUAUGGUCCACCAGCUGAUAUUUGGAGUACUGCUUGCAUGGCAUUUGAAUUGGCGACAGGCGAUUAUUUGUUUGAACCUCAUAGCGGUGAUACAUACAGUAGGGAUGAAGAUCAUUUAGCACAUAUAAUCGAGCUUCUAGGAACUAUUUCUCCCAGAGUUUACAAAAAAGGAGCUCACUGGCGUGAAUUCUUUGAUAAGCAUGGGCGUUUGCUUCAUAUUCACCAACUAAAGCCGUGGUCUUUGGUGGAAGUGUUAACACAGAAAUACGACUGGCCAAUUGAAUCAGCCGGACAGUUUGCUUCAUUUCUCAUUCCGAUGUUAGCAUUUGAUCAAGAAGAGCGAGCGACGGCUCGACAAUGCUUACGGCACGACUGGUUAAAACCGAAUGGUGGUAAACCAUUACAUGAAGUGGAGAAGCAACAGGUGCAAGUGUCAUUGCAGAACGAACUACCUCCGAUUCUUGAUCCAUCUUCUCUGGAUAAGCCGCAGAGAUUGGCUGAUGACAGUGAUAAUGCGGAAGGUGAAGAAUACUUCUUGACGGAUGAAAUGCAUAAAGCUUCUCUUAUCAACGAAUCUCAGCAUGAAGAACGUGAAGGAGACAGGUUUUCAAAAAAGAACAGGUUCAUACAUUUGGCACGUUUGGAUCUAACGCGAUUGAUUAUCAAGAAGUGA